AUGGCUGGUUCAUAUCGUCAAAAGUCACCAUCCGUUAUACAUCGUAGUCGACUGAAAUCUCGUUAUGUAUUAUCGAUUGUUGUGGGCCUUAUACUUGGUUUUGCACUAAGUUUUGCGUGUUUACCGUUAAUGAGUAUAUGCGAUAGUUCGCCAUCGAUUUUUUUCGAACCAUUCUCUUCUUCAUUAAAUAUUCGUUUGAACAGUGGAAGGCGUUCUUCAAAUGAUAAAUUAGAUUCAUUUCGAAUUUUAAAUCGGCAAGCUCGGUCAAUAGCUGAUGUAACACUUGUUGAUUAUCGUAGUAAAGAUUACGAACCAAGAAUUCGCCCAUUACUUCAGCCGUCUGUUAAAUCAAAUAAUAGUAAUAUUAAUGUUAAUGUUAGCAGUAAUAAUAAAAAUAAAACUGCUAAUGCACCUACACGUCCACCACAUUCAUCUACAUCCAUACGACCUCGUUAUAUAGCCGAUGAAUUAGGUAUUCGUGAAAAGGUUCUUGUUGCUGUUUUAGCUGAAACAGAUCGCUUGAACACAUUCAGUUUUUUCCUUAAUCAAACCUUACAGGAUCACGUUAAUCGUUUAUUAUUUUUUAUUAAUGAUAAUGUACAAGAUUUUCCUAAAAGUAUGCAAGUUAUUGCUAUAAAUGAUGAGCGAACAUAUUUAAAGCCAUUCUAUGUGCUAAAAUAUCUUGCGGAGAAAAUGAUUAACUUGUAUGAUUGGUUUUUUCUUGUGCCAGAUAAUACGUUUAUAAGAGGCUAUAAAUUGACUGAAUUUCUUAAUCAUAUUAGUAUUGGCCAAGAUCUUUAUAUGGGACAAGCAUUUGAUGAUGUACACGCUGUUUAUUGUUAUUUCGGAUCAGGAAUUAUUAUAUCGUCAUCAGUACUUCGAAAAGUGUUAACUGAACUUGAUUGGUGCACGAAAAAUGCUUAUUCACAAGAUUUAACUGAUAAUAUUGGACGAUGUAUUUUAAAAACUGCAAAGUCACCCUGUACUAAUACAACUAAUUCUUACAAAUUCAAUGCUUAUGUUAAUUAUCGAUUUGAAUUCGAUACAGAUAUUGAUAAAUUACGUAAAUCAGCAGAUUUUAACGACUCAUUAACCGUUCAUCCAAUCAAUGAUCUUGAAACAAUGCUCAAACUUCAAAAGUAUUUUAAUCAAGUAGAAAUUGAUGAAACAACGCAAAAUAUAAAAACAUACGGAGAAACUAUUGAACAAUCAUCUUGUUAUACUCUUGAGGGUUGUGGACAUAUUCCGUGGCCUGUCGGAGUACCACCACCGUUUAAGCCUCCAACCCGUUUUGAUGUUCUUCGUUGGGAUUAUUUUAAUGAAACGCAUAUUUAUUUAAAAAAUGAUAAUGACGUGAUCGAUCCAUUGAAAGAUGAUGAUUACGAAGAUAUACAUGAAGUUAUUGAUUAUUCUGUACAACAGUUUAAACAAACCUAUGGAAAUCAAUUAACUUUUAAAGCACUGCUCAAUGGUUAUCGUCAAUUUGAUCCAACACGAGGUACACACUAUUUCAUUGAUAUAGUGCUGACCGAUGGCAAUAAUAAUGAAUAUAUUAAACGUGCUGAACUGAUGAGACCAUUAGGUCUUGUUGAAAUCGUUCCGAUGCCGUUUGUAACUGAAACAACCAAAUUAUUUCUUAUUUUACCUAUUCAUUCCGAUGACGAAUCAGUAGCUAUUCGUUUUCUUCAUCAUGUUAAUAGAACUCUAUUCGAUCGAGAAACUCGCGAUAAAUUCGAAUUGCUUCUUACACAUAUUGUUGCAACAAAAGAAGAAAAUUUUCAAACACAAAAAUGGUUCGAAAAUAUUCGUUCUACAGUUGAUUCAAUACGCCAAAUACAUACACAAUUAGCAAUAACAUAUCAUACUGUACUGCUUUCGUCAUCAACAAUUUCGCAUAGUUCUCAACUCAUUUAUUUGCUCGAUUCAUUUCAAGCAAAACUUCGUACAAAUGCUUUAAUAUUUAUUACCAAUCCAUAUGUAAAUAUUGAUUCAGAUUUUUUAAAUCGAUGUCGACUGAAUGUUAUUGAAAAUAUUCAAAUUUUUUUUCCAAUUGCUUUCUAUCAAUACCAUCCACAUAUUAUAGCACUUUCUCGUAAUAUAACCGAUAACACAACAAUUGAUUUACAUAAAACUGUCGGAUGGUUUAACUCUUAUGCUUAUGAACAUAUUGGACUGUAUAUGAGUGAUUAUUUAAAUUUAAAAAAAUGGAUUUCAUUUCAUAAUAUUACAAUAUCAACAGCAAAUCUUUAUGAUUUAUUUGUACAAUUAUCUGAUUUGCACAUCUUACGUGCACCAGAUCAAUCGUUACGUGUUCAUUAUCGAACAAUUAAAUGUGAUACAAAUUUACAAGUGAAUCCCAUUGAAUACGAUCGAUGUACAGCACAACAAGAAAAAGGUUUAGCAUCACGUAGUCAAUUGGCUAUGCUUAUUAUUGAAAAUGAACAGAAAAAACACACAACGAACGUGAAAAAUAAAUAA